AUGGGCCCUGUGAGAACAAAGGAGACACAAAGAAAUAUAGACAUUAUGCUCAGGACCCUCCACGUCACAUUUCAGGAGAAAUCUCAUUCUUUCUACAAACUGCAGUAUAUCUCCCAGCCAGACUGGGGUGUCCUCAGUAACCCUGACCAUAUACUCACUAUGGUGGAGGAAGCCUGACACCUCCAAGGAUCUGAGCCUGGGCCUCUCUGUGUUCACUGCAGUGCAGGCUGCCGGACAACAGGUGUCUUGUGCCCCCUGGAUUAUGUAAGGCAGUUGCUCCUGAUCCAGACAAUCCCGCCUAACUUCAGCCUCUCUGAAGUGGUCCUUGAGAUGCGGAAACAGAGGCCUCAGCGCCGCAGAGACUGGAGCCCCAGCCGGGCCAUGGCUGCCGAGUACGCCGUGGUGCAGCGCAGGGCACCAGCGAGCGCACGGCCGCUGGGGAGCGAACGCAGCACGGACCAGGUGCCGCUGUACAGCCAGGUGAGGCCGCGUGCACAGCGGCCCGCGGAUACGCCCAGCACGAGCGCACCGCCAGGCCACGCUCCUGCCCACCGAAGUUCUGGUUGGCCCAGCGCCUAUGAGGACGUGGCAGAUGGAAUGCACAUCAGUGGACUAGGCUUCAAUCUCCGCAUUGGAAGACCUAAAGGGCCCCGUGACCCACCUGCUGAGUGGACUCGAGUGUGA